AAAGCAGAGAAGGGCUGGCCAAGUUAUUGUGUGAAGUGGAUCUUGCCAUAAUGCCAUCAAGGACUGAGGGCUUUGGAUUGACUGCUCUUGAAGCCUUAUCUGCAGGCCUGCCUGUACUUGUAAGUGGUAACUCGGGACUUGGAGAAGCUCUCAAGAAAGUGGCUACUGGCUCAAAUUGGAUAGUGGCUUCUGAAGAGCCUAAAGACUGGGCAAAGGCAAUCUGUGCUGUACAAGAAAAAGGCAGAGAUAUACGACUUGAAGAGUGUGAGAUACUUCGAGAAAAGUAUGGUGCAAAGUACAGCUGGCAAAAGCAGUGUUAUUCUCUUGUGGAAGCAAUGCAGAAAAUUAGUUUUGCAGCUUUUCUUGGGUUACGUGUUGAAUGUGAAAGUGUCAAACAGAAAGAACCCAGCUCACAGGAUGAGGCAUUGGAUUCAGCAAACUCGGCAAGACCCAAGGAAGGAACCAAAGAAACAGCAACUACAUGUACUGCAGUAACUAAUGAUGUUGCACAAACAGGUGUAUACAUUCCCACAUCAGAUGAAAUAUUUCGUUUAAUUGUCAUGAGACGCCUUCAGAUGGUGCCACCGUCUAGUGUACAGGAAUUUGAGGACUUCAAUGAAUAUAUGUCCACUGUGAAAGGUAUUAUCACCCAAGAUGUUAUGUUGGGCAGUUUGCUGAUCACAGUGAAGUGUAGGUCACUUCAGGUUCUUGAAGAUCUCUGGACUGAUUAUACAUCUGGACUUCUGAAUGAAAUAGUACAAGGCUGUCUUGUAACAGAUGAUGUCCUAAAUGACCUUGGCCUAUCUGAACUAAAGCUUUUUACUUCCAUGAGAGAAGCUGAUUACAAGGCAUGUAAAGAAAUCCUCCAAAAUUCAGGUUGGUUCAGACAACCUAAGGUAUUGUAUACAUGUACAUAUGAGAUUGUCUAUAUGGCUUUUGUGGGUGGGUGGUGAGCCAUGCAUCUCGGGUUGUACAUCCUACAUCCUACAUCAUGGGUCAUGCAUCCUAGUUCAUGCAUGUAUGUUUAGGAUCCCCAUGCAAUAUUAACUAAUAAUGAAAAUCAACCCCAGACAUCAUGGUAAAUUGAUAGUUCUCUUGAUUAACAAAAUUAUUAAGAGUUAUUUUUGUGCCUGGAAUGGAAAUACACACAUGUGCACAUACACAUGGGUAAGAUUAUGCUAUAAUCGAGGUCUCGUAUUUGACAAGUUGGCUACCCAAGUCAAUACCAACUGGUAGUGAGCAGGGGUGGGGAUCUGUGUAACUAAAUUAAUGUGCGAGUACACUCAAAUAUAUAUAUUUCUUGACUUAUGAACCUUUCCAGGAUUUGCAAAUCUCCAUUGCAUGAGCCACACAACUAUGUUGACCAAUUGUGAGGACAGUUGGCCAGCUACAUUUUUUUAA